AUGAAGCCCACCCCCGCCCUCGCCUCCGCCCUCAUCCUCACCGCCAGCCGUCUCGUCGGCCGCGCCAUUGCCGUCGACCCGCGCUUCCCGCCCACCGGCCCCUUCAAAAUGACCGUCCUCGCCCCCGACCAACCGGCCAUCCACUACAGCCCCGUCAAGGCCUCCGGCGGCUACUUCUACAUCAACAAGCCCACCAACUCCACCUGCGGCGACGUCGAGCCCAUCCUCGACGGCCCCACGGCCGACGGCGGCGCGCUGAGCACCUACGGCGACGGCAGGGAGGAUACGCAGCAGACCUUCCUCGACAUCUCCGGCGCCGCCGGCGGCAUCUUCUCGUACCUGGGCCCGCUGUACAAGGCGCUGACGUUCGACCACAUCGCGGACGAGUUCUCGCGCGUCGCGGGCGACGACAUCUCGCAGCUGUACUACGAGGACGCCGGCUGGCUGGCUUGUCCGACGGGGAAUGACCCGGCGGACGGCGUGUAUGUAGUUUACGCGGACAAGGCGUACGGGCAUGCGGUUGGGAGGGAGGAGUGCAUUCCGUUUGGGAUACGGACGGAUGCGGUGGAGGGGGAGGGGUUGAGGGUUUGUGAGUAUUUGUAG